AUCGCUCAUCUCUACAGCUCCAUUGUUCAGUAAAUAUUUGAGAUUUUUUAUUAUAUAGCAAUAAUCCCGUUUCGCAGUAAUGUUGAGACUUGCUCGUGUAAAUAUACAAAAAUUGGAUGCAUUGCAUUCCAGAUGCUUUGCGGCAGUUGCUUCUAAGAAAGCGCAUGAAAAGGAUAUUGCGCAAGGACCGGCUAGACAAAAUGAAUCAUUUAUGGCGAACAUUUUCCGUGGAUCUCUAGUCCCAACUCAGGUCUUUCCUUAUCCCGACGUCUUAACAAGUGAACAAAAAGAACUAACUGCCAGUCUAAUAGAUCCUUUUGAACGCUUUUUUGCGGAAGUUAAUAAUGCUGCGCGUAAUGAUGAAAAUUCAAAAAUCGACGAUAAUACUCUAACAGCACUGUGGGAGCUCGGCGCUUUUGGAAUUCAAGUGCCAUCCGAUUUCGGCGGCUUGGGUCUCAAUAAUACCCAAUAUGGGCGGCUUUGCGAAAUAGUUGGAGCCAACGAUUUAGGACUUGGGAUAACGAUUGGAGCACAUCAAAGCAUUGGCUUUAAAGGUAUCUUGUUAUUCGGAACACCUGAACAAAAAGAGAAAUAUCUGCCAAAAGUAGCAUCAGAGAAAGUGUACGCAGCUUUCGCACUAACUGAACCGAGUUCAGGCUCAGAUGCUGCCUCUAUUAAAUGCCGGGCAGUUAAAAGUGCUGAUGGCAAACAUUACGUACUUAAUGGCUCCAAAAUUUGGAUAUCGAACGGCGGAAUGGCUGAGAUAAUGACAGUUUUUGCACAAACUGAACAAACCGAUAAAAAGACCGGCGAAAAGAAGGAUAAGGUGACUGCUUUUAUUGUUGAGCGCUCCUUUGGAGGUGUUACAAGUGGCCCUCCAGAAAAGAAAAUGGGAAUCAAAGCAUCUAAUACUGCAGAGGUUUACUUCGAGGACGUGAAAAUUCCAAUCGAAAAUAUUCUUGGUGAAGAAGGAGAAGGCUUCAAGGUUGCAAUGAAUAUCUUAAAUAAUGGCCGCUUUGGAAUGGGCGCAACCUUGGCUGGCACUAUGAAAGAAUGCAUAAAAAAGGCCACUGAGCACGCAAAUAAUCGCGUUCAGUUUGGACAGAAGAUAAAAAAUUAUGGCGCCAUUCAGGAGAAAUUGGCGCAAAUGAAUAUUCUUCAAUACGCUACAGAGUCAAUGGCAUUCGCCAUAUCCCAGAAUAUGGACUCAGGCAGCCAGGAUUAUCAUUUAGAAGCUGCGAUAUCAAAGGUCUAUGCAUCGGAGUGUGCGUGGUAUGUUUGUGACGAAGCCAUUCAAAUUCUUGGUGGCAUGGGAUUUAUGAAAGAAACCGGAUUAGAACGAGUUCUAAGAGAUCUGCGAAUUUUCAGAAUUUUUGAAGGCACGAAUGAUAUUCUGCGUUUGUUUGUGGCAUUGACUGGAAUACAAUACGCAGGAUCCCAUUUAAAAGAAGUGCAGCGUGCACUUAAAAAGCCGACCGCUAAUUUGGGUUUUAUAUUCAAGGAGGCUUCAAAGCGGGCUGCUUCCACCGUUGGUCUUGGUGGCACCGAUCUAAGUCCAUAUGUAAUUGAUGAACUGCAGCCCUAUGCCAAAAAGACGGCAGCCUGCAUAGAUCUUUUUGGGCAGACCGUAGAGGAACUGUUGUUAAAAUACAACAAAAACAUUGUUCACCAGCAGUUUACAUUAAGCAAGUUGGCUAAUGCUGCAAUAGACAUUUAUGCUAUGAUAGUCACCCAAUCUAGAGCGAGCAGAGCGACUAGGCUGAACCUUCCCACAGCUAACCAUGAACUUAGUUUGACGAAAGCUUUAACACUACAGGCAUCAGAUCGUGCUUUAAUGAAUUUGCGGAACGCUACCUCCAGCUAUCACCAAGAACUUAACAAGGAGAUGUCGUUGAUAGCCCAAAGCGUCUGUGAAAAUUCUGGUGUGCAUACAUCUGGCGUAAUUGAUUUAAAUUGAAAUUGAAUGCCGAUGAAAAAACAGUGCCUUAAGUUCUUUUAAAUCAGAUACAAAUAAAGGCUCGUUCUUCCAACCAA